AUGGUGCAAUGCAGAUUUUGGGAAGAAUUUUACAGCUAUAGCAAUCAAGCAUGCGUAAAUGCUCCUGAUUGCGAAUCCAAUAUAUGUCUCUAUGAGCAAUUGAAUGCCGCUAAUGGAAUUGUUCACACAUUACGAACAUGCUACACAAAAUCAAACAGCUAUCAAUUUGACGAUGGAGUAACAAUGAAUAAUUUGAAUCAAUGCGUUACGCGAACUACAAGACAAGGACAAUAUUAUGUGGCUCUUUGUACAAAUGAAGAUUAUUGUAAUGUCGACUGCCGAACAGAACCACCACAGCCUACUUUACCACCGAAUCCAGUACUGCCUGUACCCUUGGGUUCAGUGACUUGUUAUGAUUGCUCAACAUCUGACGGUACCGAUUGCCAGACCAACACUUGUCAAGGAGCUUAUUGCUUAUAUCAACGUCGAUUAAUUGGAAAUCGAAUGGAACUGAAGAAAAGCUGUUUAAUAGAACCGAUUAUUGUCCUAGAUGACGACACGGCUGUUCGCAAUGUAGAUAUUUGCGAAGUUAGAAAUACUGUGAACAGCCGAUAUUAUGUCAAAAUCUGCAACGAUCUCAACUUUUGUAACAAUUACUGCAGUCCUGGACAGUCGCCACCAGUACUUCAAAAACAGGCUCAAGUCACGUGUUACGAUUGUGACGGCAGCAGUGAUUGUUUUACUGGCUCGUGCCAAGGAAAUUAUUGCAUUUAUGAGAAACAAAGGCGUUUAUCAACUGGUAACACUUUUUAUCGUAAAUCUUGUUCAACAUUGUCAUAUGCUGAGUACCCUGACAACACUAUCACGCGUACCGUAAAUCAGUGUGAACAAAAAUUUAUUAAUGAUGUAGAGUAUCAAGUGAAAAUGUGCAAUAAUGGGCCGAACUGCAACGCAGUGUGCAGUAACAGUAUUCCGGGUCAGCAACAAGUCACAUGCACACAGUGUUCAGCUACAGGACAGGAUGACUGCAAUGGAGAUACUUGUUUGGGAAAUUAUUGCGUUUUUUUUCGAGAGAGGUCAAUGAUCGACCCAGCAAAAUGGAAUGUAAAGAAAUCAUGUUCACCAGUGGCAUACGUCGAUUAUCCCGAUAAUUCGAAAUAUUCCGACUUCGGACACUGCCAAUACAGGUUGAACGAAGUUUCAUCUAGGAAAACGCGGCGAGUCGCAAAUCGAAAAGAUACGAAAGUAAUGCAACAGGUUCGUUUGAAUCCUCACACGAAAGACGACGAAAAAAUUCAAAGAAAACUCAAAGAGAUCAAAUUGGAAGAGCCUGACGAACUCCCCGAACCAAGAAUUCGUCGAUCACAAACGGCUGCUUCACGAAAUGUACCAUCAAAAGCAAGUCCGAAGAUGAUUUCCGUUGUCUCAUCGAAGAGUAAUGGAAUCGAAACUGUUAGAAGAUCCUCACUUGGACGAAAAUUCAGUUUGGAAACGCCAACGACAAGUGCGCCGAAUCCUGAAGAAGAUGAUGGAGUGAAGACACGAAGAGUUCAGAAAACUAAGGAAAGUAUUCCGCGUUGCGCGUUAUGCAAAAAUGGAAGUGAUGAAGAAUUGUAUGCAUGCACAAAUUGUAAAGCUCAUUAUCAUCUUACGGGUUGUUUAAAAUAUCCUCAAAAAUUUGCCGAAUCUAUUAGACAAUGUUCAAAUUGGAAAUGUGCUAGGUGCAUUCGAUGCAAAAAAUGCGAGGAUAUAAUUGCGGAUCCAUCGAAUGUCGAAUGUUGGUCGUGUUGUAAAGCAUGGCAUGGAAAUUGUGCUCCAAAAGGAGUUCGAUUGACUUCGGAAUACGAUGGCGAAUUCAUUUGUCAAUAUUGCCAUAAGAAGAAGUCUAGUGAUUUUCCAAAAUCUCAUGUUAACCGGAAAAGGAAGAUGGUUGGACUCAUCGAUAUUAAACCGGAACCGACAUUUCAAGAUGAUUUUAUUGAAAUCACGUUAACUCCAGAGGAAAUAGCUUUGAUGGCAGAACGAAAUAAGAAAUGGGAUCGUGCCGUUGAUAUAGUUCGAAUAAGCUCGCCUUCAAAGGCGUCUCCAAUGAAAAAGACGCCAAACGCAAGGCAUGGCGGUUACGUCUCGCCUAGAAAAGAAAAUAGUUCUGUUAGAAAAAAUCUGGGGGUGAAGCAAGAAUACGGAACGCCGCGAUUUUCAAAAGACAGCCUUUCAACCGAAUUUGAUCUGAAUUUGUAUCAUCAAUCAGUACAAGCUGCUCAAUCGCACAACAGUGAACAAGAGCUAAAUUUACCAUCGAAUACCCAAUGGGUUUAUAUGGGAACAGGAAAAGCUUUUAAGGCAAUUUGCUCAUCUGCAUACCCUGAAGAUGUUCAAAACGCUUCAAUGAUUUAUGUGUGUAAAUUCUGUUUGCAUUCAACUCAUCGACAAGAUCAGUACCGAAUGCACUGGGAAAAUUGCGAUUGGAGAUUUCCACCGGGAACUGAAAUUUAUCGCGAUGGGAAUUUGGCAUUUUUUGAAGUUGAUGGGGCUAAACAAAAGACAUACUGCCGAAAUUUGUGUCUUUUGGCGAAACUUUUCAUUUCGUCGAAGACGUUGCAUUAUGAGGUUGAAACAUUCUUGUUCUACAUUCUUUGUGAAAUAACCACGGAAGGAUAUGUGAUGGUUGGAUAUUUCUCAAAAGAAAAGAAUCCGUCGAAGAAUAACAAUCUUUCUUGUUUGCUUACACUCCCGUCUGGACAAAAAAUGGGAUAUGGGAGAUAUUUGAUUGAUAUGAGCUAUGCUUUAUCCCGGCUUGAGCUCAGAAUUGGUUCACCAGAGCAUCCAUUAUCGGAUUUAGGAAUAUUGGCUUAUCGCGGAUAUUGGAGAUCGAGCAUCUUGUGCUAUCUCCGAUCUCUUAGACAUACUAAUCAUGUUACAAUCAAAGAUAUUAGUUUGUCGACUAGAAUUCAUCCGGUCGACGUUGUUAAUCAAAUGCUAAAGGAUCGUUUGUUAACUUGCAGAAAUGGAAAUUAUUAUGUCAAAACAGGGAAACGCGCCCUUAAACAUCCGCUUUCUCAACUUCGUCGUCGUACGGUAGACAUGUCGAAACUCACGUGGAAGCCAGAUCCUGCUUCUCUAAGCGGUCUCGAUCCGACAAGAAUUAAUCAUUAUGUGUAA